AUCGGUUCUUGUGUCGGUUAAACUAGUGGGCGAAAAGUCAAUUUCAAAAAUUUUGACAGAUAUUUCGGUAGGGUUUUAAUUAAUUAAAGGUGUCUGAAAAUUGAAUAAAAAAGUGAUAAAUCAGGAUAAAUACUAUAGAACUAUUCACAUGGUCAUCCCUAGAGUCUAAAUUUAAUUUUUAAAUUACUUAUUACACAUAAGUAAUUUGCUAAGUGUAUUCCUUUUUUGACGAAAAAAUUGUAACUGAAGUGACAUGGAAGACGAAGAGUACAAAAAAUUACCACCUGAAGAAAAAGUUGUUCAUAAACUCUGGAAGGCUAGAGUAUGUGGAUAUGAAGAAGUUACAAAGAUAUUUCGACAAAUUGAUGAUGAGAAAUCUCCAGAAUUUAGCAAAUACCUUGGAUUAGUUAAAAAAUUUGUAACAGACAGCAAUGCAAUGGGUCAAGAGAAAGGUCUCGAGGCCACAUUGGCUUAUAUUGAAAAUUAUGCACACGCCGGUAAAACUGUAUCUGAAGUAAUGACUGGAAUUGUUAUGAAGUGUGUAGCUGCUCCAAAAACAAAAACAAGAGAAUUAGCUUUGCAAGUUACCUUAAUGUAUAUUGAAAUUGAAAAAUAUGAAGCUGUACAAGAAGAAUUAAUUAAAGGUACAGAACAAAAAAAUCCAAAAAUUGUAGCAGCCUGCAUACAAGCUCUAACUACAGCCUUACAUGAAUUUGGCAUUAAAAUUAUAAGUCCAAAAUCAAUGAUUAAAAGAAUUGGAAUAUUGUUUUCGGAUAGAGAUAAAGGUGUUAGAGAUGAAGCUCGCCUCAUGGUCAUUGAGUUGUACAAAUGGAUGGGUCCAAGUCUUAAAAAUCACCUUCAAUCUGCCAACUUGCAAGCUGUUCAAAUGACAGAGCUGGAAGCUGAAUUUGCAAAAAUUAAAAAUAAAAAGGCAGUUCCUUUAAGGUAUAUUAGAUCUCAACAACCAAAGCAAGCAAAACUGGUCUCUGAAACAGAGGACAUAAAUGGUGAUGAUAAUGAAGAUGAAAUUGAAAAUACACCACAAGAAAUUGAUCCUUACGAUUUAGCAGAUCCAGUUGAUAUAUUGUCUAAAUUGCCAAAAGAUUUUUAUGAAAAAUUAGAAGCAAAAAAAUGGCAAGAAAGAAAGGAAACUCUUGAGGCUCUGGAAACCCUUACUAAAAACCCUAAAUUGGAGAAUGGAGAUUAUGGUGAUGUUGUGCGAGCUUUAAAAAAGGUAGUACAGAAAGAUUCCAAUGUUAUAUGUGUGGCAUUGGCAGGUAGAUGCAUAGCUGGUCUUGCAUCUGGCUUAAAGAAAAGAUUCCAAACCUAUUCGGGAGUAUUGAUUUUAACACUCUUAGAAAAAUUUAAGGAAAAAAAGCAAAAUGUUGUUAUGGCAAUUCGUGAAGGCAUUGAUGCUACUUACUUGACAACUAAUUUAGAAGCAAUUUUAGAAGAUGUACUGGAAUCUCUUAAUAACAAAAAUCCAUCAGUAAAAUCUGAAACAUCUUUAUUUUUGGCUAGAUCAUUUACUAAAACACAACCAUCAUCAGUAAACAAGAAACUACUUAAAGCUGUAACUGGUGCUUUAACAAAAAACAUAAAUGAAUCUGACCCAGCUGUGAGAGAAACAUCUGCUGAAGCUUUGGGUACUCUUAUGAAAUUAGUAGGGGAGAAAGCAAUUGGUCCAUUUUUAGUAGAACUGGAAAGGGAUGCUCUGAAAAUGGCUAAAAUUCAAGAAUUUUAUGAGAAAGCAGAAAUUACUGUUAAAGUUUCCAGUCCUAAAAAAUCUCGGCCACAAACAGCCCCAUCCAAAGUGACCACUAAAGAGGAUGUCCCUACUAAACCAGUGAAAAAACCUUCAGGUAAUAGAGUUGCAAAAAAGAAACCUGCAGCUUCAGCUCUUUCUUCAGGUUCGGCAACAGUAGUAAGGUCUAAAGGUAGCAAGUCAGCUACCAAAACAUCUAUGAAAACUGUUGAAAAGGAAUUAGAUGAUGGAGAAGUUGAUUCUAUUGUUGAAGCCUUGUUAUCUCACAGUACUAUAAGUGAAUUGACAAGUCCGACAUGGAAGACCAGGUUGACUUCUUCUGAAGAAAUACUGUCAACAGUUCAAGGCAUGGAAGCAAAAUCUGUUCCCACCCAAGCAGUAGUGAAAAUUUUGAUGAGAAAACCGGGUCUCAAGGACACAAACUUUCAAGUAUUAAAGGUCAAAUUGGACAUUAUUAAAUAUUUGGCAGAAAAUAGUGUUGUUUCCACAACCACAGUAGACUGUUGCAUCAACGAUAUAUCCGAGAAAUUCGGCGAUGCUAAAAACGGAAACAUCGUAAUUGAAACUGUCACAGCUAUGGCUGAAGCUACUAGUUUAGGCCAUGUCUCCCUGGCCGUCUUGGAUUUUGCUUUUGGUCAAAAAAGUCCCAAAGUUCAACAAGAAGUCUUAGCCUGGUUAUCUGUUGCUCUCAAAGAGUUUGGAAUAGCUGGAGUAAAUGUAAAAGCUUUGAUCGAUUAUUGUAAAAAAGCGCUAGCUUCAACCAACCCUGGGGUCAGGCAGGCGUCAGUCACUCUGCUUGGCACAAUGUACCUCUAUAUGGGUUCAGCUUUACAUGUAUUUUUUGAAAACGAGAAACCCGCCUUAAGGGAUCAAAUCAACGCGGAAUUUGAUAAAUAUGAAGGGGAGACCCCUCCUACACCUGUUAGGGGCGCUGUAGCCAGGUCGUCUAGUUCAAAUAGUUUAGAUGCUGUAGAAGAUGAAGGUACUGCUGAACAAGAACCUGUGAAUGUGCAAGAUCUUCUUCCCCGUGUUGAUAUAAGCAGUCAGAUUACUGAUGCUGUGAUAAAUGAAUUGGCCGAUAAAAACUGGAAGGUUAGAAUUGAAGCUCUAACAAAGGUCAGCAACAUUCUGCAAGAAGCCAAAUUUAUUAAACCUAACAUCAGUGACCUGCCGCAAGCUUUAGCCACCAGAUUAACGGACAGCAAUGUUAAGAUAGCCCAAACUGCUCUUAAUAUCUGUCAAAGUAUAGCUAAGGCUAUGGGACCUCCUUCUAAACAACAUAUUAGGACCUGGUUUCCAGGAUUUCUUCAAAAUUUGGGUGAUAGUAAAGCUUGGAUGCGAACGACUGCUCUGGAAACUAUCGCCACUUUUUCUGAACAAUGCGGUUAUAAGGAGUUUUUUGAUGGUGAAAUGAUAGGAGACGCUUUGAAGUCGGGAUCGCCAACACUGAGAUCGGAGUUGUGGAAUUGGUUAUCUGAAGUUUUACCUAAAAUUCCAGUUAAGUCAGUUCCCAAAGAAGAGCUGUUGAUUUGUAUUCCCUAUUUGUUCAGCAACUUAGAAGAUCGCAACGCUGAUGUCAGAAAGAACGCUGGCGAAGCUAUAUUAGGUUUAAUGAUUCAUACUGGUUAUGACUCAAUGGCUAAACAAACUGAAAAAUUAAAACCAGGCUCUAAAACUGUGGUAAUAGCGGCUUUGGAAAAAGCCAGACCUAAUCUACCUGUCAAGCCUCUACCAAAAAAAGUGGCGCCUUUAGAAGAGAAGACAGUCAAAGGCACCAGACCGGUAUCUACCAAACAAAAUGCCGCCAAAUCUAAAGCGUCUAUCGCUCCAACAAAGCCGCAAUCUACAAGUAACAGAAAAAAGGAGGAGGACUUAGAUACUUCUCCCCUCUUUGUAGUUAAUAAUCUCAAGCACCAAAGAACGAUUGACGAAUCCAAAUUAAAGGUUUUAAAGUGGAAUUUUACUCAACCUAGAGAGGAAUUUGUUGAUUUGUUAAGAGACCAAAUGGCCGCAGCUAAUGUCAAUAAAACUCUGGCCGCUAACAUGUUCCACACAGAUUUUCGAUUUCAUAUAAAAGCCAUCGAAUCGCUCAUGGAAGAUUUACCCGAACACAGCGAAGCGCUUAUAUCAAACUUGGAUCUUAUCCUAAAAUGGCUGACCUUGAGAUUCUUCGAUACUAAUCCAUCUGUCCUCCUUAAAGGUUUGGAGUAUCUUCAUUUGGUCUUCAACAUGCUGAUAGAGAAACAGUAUCGCAUGCUGGAGAACGAGGGGUCUUGUUUUAUACCGUAUUUAGUUUUAAAGAUCGGAGAUCCGAAGGAUUCGGUACGGAAUGGUGUCAGGGCUCUCCUAAAACAAAUCAGCGGCGUGUUUCCGGUCAGUCGACUUUCGGUCUACGUCAUGGAAGGGGUCAAAUCGAAAAACGCCAGGCAAAGGGCGGAGUGCUUGGAGGUCAUGGGCUCGAUGAUCGAAGACUACAGUAUCACAGUUUGCCAACCCACUCCAGCUGCCUGUCUUAAAGAGGUUGCCAAGCAGAUAUCAGACAGAGACAACGCUGUUAGAAAUGCGGCUUUGAAUUGUGUGGUUCAAGCCUACAAUUUGGUUGGAGAUAAAGUGUAUAAAAUGGUCGGAAAUAUUUCAGAUAAAGAUAUGUCCCUUCUGGAGGAAAGGAUAAAGAGGGCCAGUAGACGAUCUGUGAUACCCAAAGCCGCGCUUAGUGCGACUGUAACCGAAAUUCAGCCCAGUAAAAAUAUAAUUCCUGUUAUUGAUACAGUAAUCGAUAAAACGGAAGAUGAUCAAGACCUGGACGAAGAUGAAGGCCUACCAGUCAUUACACUUCCACCUACAGUAGCUCAGGAACCAGCCAAGAAAGAAGUUCAAGGACCUUUUAAAUUGGAAUCCGAAUUUAUGAACGACUUGGACAAAAUAACGCCCCAUUUCGAAAAGCUGCCCAUCAUGAACAUCGAUACCGAAUUUUUGAAAGAAGAAGUCAAAAUGCCCUCGUUUUACGACAACAAAGCCAAGAUUAUGCCUUUAUCGCCGCCAAAGCCGGUUAUUGCUAAUAAAUAUGGCGUUCAUCAUGGACUUAAGACUACCGAUCCGGAGAUUAUGAAAAUUAUCAGCCUAAUAGGAACAAAAAAUUUGGCCAUCAGUUUGCAAGGAUUGACGCAGUUUUGCGAACUUAUGAACAAUCCAAACCGAAUUCAGUCUUUCACGCUUUACGAAGAGGAAUUUGUUAACGCCAUCAUAUCUUUGUUGAAGUACCUGAGCCUUUUAGAUCCAGCAAGUGAACCCUCUGUUGCCAGGAUCUACAGAGACUUAUUUAGGAGCAUGGAUUCAUUUUACCAGAAACCACAUUUGGGUAAACAAGUAUCAGUAGGUGCACUUAAGGAGCUAACCAAACAACUUGUUCUUUUGUUAGUUGAUGGUAAAUUAGAGAAAUGUGGUGAUAUUUAUGUAAAAGCAGUGAAUGUUACUUGUGUGAAAGUCAUAGAACAGUCGGAUCAUACAGCAGUGCUAUGUGCUUUAGUGAAGCUUAUCACAGAAUGUAUCAGUGACGAGAACAGCCCAGAAAGACAAGUUGAUUUAGUGAUGAAAUGCUUAUGGAAGGUGAUAAAAUUAAUGCCUAAUUGGGGGGAGCAUGUGGAUUAUGAGUCAGUACUUUUGGAAGUGCAUCAGUUUUUGGUGAAGUUUCCAUCGAAGUGGUGGACGCAAAGACCGGUAGACACUCCUUUGCGCACUAUCAAAACUAUUCUGCACUCCAUUGUGAAAAUUAAAGGUGCCAAUUCUAUGCAGUUGCUCAGUAAAAUUUCAAACCCGGUUGAAUCCGAAAUUGAAUCAUAUAUUUUACGUCUCUUAAAGAGCUUAAAAAUAGCACAAGCUCAAGACGUCCCAUUACAGUCCCAAAGAAAAGGCAUCUCCAGAGCUAAUCAUAACAUGUUAACCGAUAUAUUUCAAAAAAUCGGCAGCAAAGAAGAUACGAAAGAAGGUUUGAAUCUCUUGUACGACUUCAUGCAGCAAAAUCCUGAAGCCGACAUAGAGCCUUUCCUGAGUAAAUCGAGCAAAUUCUUCCAGGACUAUAUAAAAUCAGGCCUAAAGGAUAUAGAGACAUCAAGGAAAAUCGCAAAAUUCUGUCCCAGUGAUAUUCUUUUACACGUUAAAUCUGAUGAAGAGGUAGAUUUAACAAAAACUCCGGAGUACUUUAUGGAAAGGCUGAAUAGAUGGCGUCAAAUAUGGGCCGAUUUGAUGGCAGGCAAGCAAGUGGAUCAUAGUACGUGGCCCCUGCCUCCAACAGAGUAAAUGUUUGACGUUGUAUAAAAUCGUCGUCUUUUCCUUUUACGUGUUAACUAUUAAUUGAUAUUUAGAGAUAUGUAGCGUCCACUUUCGUAAGCAUUAGAAGAUAGUUAUUUAGAAGUAAAGAGAAAUUAAAACAUUUAAACCCUCAUUAACGAAAUUCAACAUUAAAGAUAUUAAUGGAAAAUAAAAUAUAAACUAAUUUAUUAAAAUCAUGCACUGUUUUCUCUAGGUCGACUUUUUUGUUGCCAGUUCAUUCUAAUUUUAUAUUUUUUUACUGACUGUUAUACUAUAAUUAUUAAGAGAUCUGUUGUUUUACUUAUAUGUUUUUUUUAGAAUUAGAAUUUGAUUAUACAUUAAUUCUUUUAUACCUUAAUAAAAUUUUUGAUUGAUGCAAGUGAAUA